GUCCAGUAGGUGGCAGUACUGUGAUUGGAGAAGGCGGAAAUCUGAAAGAAGAAGAACGAAAAGGAGAAAAGGCGUGUUUUUGAUCUCGUGAUCCUGAGUUGUCAGAUAUUUAGGGCGAAAACACUGACGAGGUAAAGUCUAUUUCCUCAGAGGUUGGAACUCCCCUAUAGAAACGGAGACAUGGACGCCCGGGUCGGUUUCAUUGUGGGGUUGUGCCUGAUGGGGCUCACCUGUGCGUCUCCCGUCAAAUUUGUGGAUUGUGGAUCUUCCUCUGGAAAAGUGGCUAUGGUUGACAUCAACCCUUGCAGCACCCAGCCAUGCCAGCUUCACAAAGGAGAUUCCUAUACUGUCAAUGUGACUUUCAAUAGUGGUGUUGAAAGCCAGACGAGCACAGCAGUGGUUCAUGGCAUUAUUGCUGGCGUUCCCAUUCCAUUUCCCAUUCCUGAACCUGACGGCUGUAAAUCUGGAAUCCAGUGUCCCAUCCAGAAGGAGAAGACGUACAAUUAUGCAACUGAACUUCCGGUUAAGUCGGAGUAUCCUCCAAUUAAGCUGGUUGUGGAGUGGGAACUAAAAGACGACAGCAAAAACGACUUAUUCUGCAUCCGAUUCCCAGUUCAGAUUGUGUAAUUUGAGCACGUCACCCCCUUGAGCGCGUCUUAAAAAGGGAUUUCAUCUUUCCAAAAUUUAAGGAAUGCCAGUGAUUGCAGCAAGGCCGCCUUUUAUUUUUUGUCAAAAUUAUUUUUAAGAUGUCCUUCACUAGUUUGCAUUACCUCUGCUGCACAUGCACCCUUAAUACUGUCAAAAUAAAAGGCAAGCCUUUUUUUUGUUUUCUUGCUGUGAUCAAAUGGUCAAUUUUAAGAGUUGUGAAUGAUGCUAAACCCACAUUCCACUAAAAAAUGCAAAUCUUACUUGGCUGCUGUGUAGUCAGGAAAUUGUAUAUUCUAUACUUUUUCUUUACUAUAAAAUUUUGUAAUACUUGUUACUGACUAGUACUAUGAAACUUGUAAAAUUUAAGAAUGAAUUUGAAGUUCUAAUAAAGACAAUUCCAACCUAC